UCCCUCCUGCACUUGCUUGUGCAGCUAUUGCGCACACAAACACACGAGCGUGUGUGUCACGAACGCGUAGGUUUUUUUUCAUACUUAUACUGUUUCCAGUGAUAAAGCAUGUAAACUUGAGAUUUAUACCGAACUCGCAUCCACUUGGAAAAAAAUACAGUGUCAAGAGAAUACGCUUAUUCACGCGUUUCGAAGUGUUUCGAUCCAUGGUAUCGAUCACUACGCAUAUUUCUGUGGGAAGAAAAAAAGAUUCCAACCGCGAUUAUGUUUGUGUGGCAGGCGAGUGAUUCAGUGAUCAAAUAUUUUUGACCCGGUGGAACGGGAGAAUUUUUUAAAUAGUGUGUAUAUCCGAAGAAUGCGAAAGGGGGUGGCGUGAUGUUUAAGCAGAGUGAAAAAUAUUUAGAGAAGAGGAUGGAGCAUACAUCGUGAAAAGAAAAAAGAAGCAAAAAAGAAAAAAAUAUUGAGCCCGCUGCGUGUGAGUACAACUCUCGCAUCUCGUAGUGAGAAGCUGAGGUCCAUUAAAAUGGAAAAUAAAACCGAGGAUUCAGUUUCCCUGGACAACACCAAUGACGUCGGGAGUGUGGAUAAAGAGAUGUUGGCGAUGAGCGAUAAUGACAUGUCCAGCCACCGUGUUCCUCCCAAUUAUAUGUACAACACUGGCUCUGAACAAGUCGGCGGUAAUAUGGAGCAUGACAUGAACGGUCGUUGCCGCAGUCAAGCAUCGGAAGAUCAGCUUGGUCCGCUCCCACAAAAUUGGGAAAAAGCAUACACGGAUACCGGAGAAGUCUAUUUCAUCGACCACAACACAGGAACAUCUCACUGGCUCGAUCCUCGUUUGUCCAAAUUUCAAAAACGGUCUUUGGAAGAAUGUCUCGACGACGAGCUGCCCUAUGGCUGGGAAAAAAUUGACGAUCAACUUUAUGGAACGUACUUCAUUGAUCACGUGAAUCGUCGAACGCAGUACGAGAAUCCAGUGUUGCAGGCCAAACGAGCUCAGCAGAGUAUGAACGAUCGAAAAAGUCCGAAUUUCACAAGAAAUCCAAAAAAAUUAAAAGGCCAACGCGUGAGAACGACUUUACUGAAGAGCUCGAGGGGCUUGGGAUUCACGAUCGUCGGUGGUGACGAUGCGGUUGAAGAGUUUUUGCAAAUCAAGAGCGUUGCUCCGAACGGUCCAGCUUGGCUCGAUGGAAAAUUACAAACUGGUGAUGUUCUCGUCUAUGUGAACGAAACGUGCGUGUUAGGUUUCACGCAUAAUGAGAUGGUGAACGUAUUUAAAUCAAUCGGGAGCGGUGAGACAGUGACUCUCGAAGUUUGCAGAGGAUAUCCAUUGCCCUUCGACCCGAAUGAUCCGAACACGGAGGUCGUAACGACGAUAGCGGUGAGUGCACCGGGCGAUCAAGUGAUCAGAGACGCUGGCCUUUUGCGUCAGUCUGUUCAUCAUCAACAGCAGCAACAACAGCAGCAACAGCAGCAGCAUCACCAACAACAGCGUCAGAUGUUGCCAGGUUCGGGGGACAGAAUGGUCGAUGAUCCGAGCCUGUACAUGGACCUUGAUUCAGGAAUGCAGCGGAACGAGGGACGCUUCGAUUUCCUCGACACAGGAUUUUUGUCGGUGCAUAACAUGGAAAACGGUGAUAAUUUGGCAAACACGUCGGUCAAUUCGAUGCCGGAUCUUUGUAUAUCUGAAAAAAUGAACGGAGCGAACGCGGCUUCGAUCAAAAGACCGAGCAGCACGGACAUCUUGCUCUCCGACACGGGAGACGAUUCGAGCGUACGCAAGGAGAAUUCGUCGCCGAUAUCAACGAAAUCGGAGUUUUUGAGUAUUUCAAUAGUCAAAGGGGCAAUGGGUUUCGGUUUCACAAUCGCUGAUUCCUCCCACGGUCAAAAAGUUAAGAAAAUACUUGAUCGUCAACGUUGUAAGAAUCUCAUGGAGGGCGACAUAUUGGUCAACAUAAAUGAAGUUACCGUUAGAAACAUGUGUCAUUCGGAAGUCGUACAAGUUUUAAAAGAUUGUCCACGUAAUCAAGAAGCAAUGAUACACGUGCAGCGAACGACUUCCGUCGGGAAUUCGAGCAUGAAGGACGUUAAGAGGGACAAACAGUCUCAAGACUUCUUCCGAAGCAAAACACCCACUGCGGAUAUUUACAGCACUCAAUCGAAAACCGUUGUUCCGAGUCGACCAAAAACGCCUCUUAUCGACACGAGAACUUGCGCGAAAUCUCCGAGCAACGAUGCCAAUUGGCCCGAACAGACAUGCGACAACGAUCUCAAUCAUCUCGAUAACAGAUACAAAUACUCUGAUUACAAUCGUGGUAUUUAUUAUACCGAUCCUUACAAAGCUAAUAUUGCUAAUAUGACAGAAAAUUUCGGACCAAUGACGAAUCUCGAUGAUGUCGAUGACGAAGAUGACGACGAGGAAGAACGCAGACAAAAUGUAAGGCACGCUUCCCUUGCAAAACGCGAUUGGGUCGUGGACGAUAAAAUGGGUCUUGGCAAUGAUGUUUAUUCCGUCAACGUCGCUCAUCAUGACAAUAUCAUAAAACACAAUGGCAGCGGAGUACACCCCGAUUAUUAUAAAGAUUUGUACGCCAGCCAAACACACCCGAGAUACAACGAACAGGAUUACAGCGCUUAUACGAUAGGACAGGAGCAAAAUGUCGACACUGGCGAGAUUUGGGACAAACGAAAGGAAACGACGAGUUUCGAGCAUGAACAACCACAUUCGAGUUCAGUUUCCAGAUUUCCUCAGUACGGUGGGGAAAUGGUUUGCCCAACGAUACCUGAUAUCGAGUGGAUAGAAACGUUGGUAACAUUGGUUAGACAAGACACUGGUUUCGGAUUCAGGAUAGUCGGAGGGACCGAGGAAGGAUCUCAGCAGGUAUCGGUUGGUCAUAUAGUGCCAGGCGGUGCAGCGGAUCGUGAUAACCGAUUGAACACUGGAGAUCUGAUAAUGUCGGUGGACGGUGAGAGCGUGAUGAAUUCCUCGCAUCACAACGUUGUACAAUUGAUGAUAGGAGCUGCCCAAAACGGUCGCGUCACUCUUGGCAUAAGGAGGAGAAUAAACGCUCAGGAUCACUUACGUGAUAAUCUUCAAACCUCGUACGGACGACAAAUAAAUAUACAAUAUCCUUACGACGUGACAGUCACGAGAAUGGAAAACGAAGGAUUUGGGUUUGUUAUCAUAUCGUCGGUUAAUAAAGCUGGCUCAACUAUAGGAAGAAUAAUCGAAGGUUCUCCGGCUGAACGAUGUGGACGUCUCAAUGUCGGAGAUCACAUACUCGCUGUUAAUCACGUCGAUAUUACCAAUGUUUGCCACAAAGAUAUAGUCAAUUUGAUUAAAGAUUCCGGUUACUCGGUCACACUAACGAUUGGUUAUCCUCUCGACGAUUGCUGCAGCAACACGUCACUUUCCCAGAAGGACGAACCAGCAGCCGAUGGAGACGGUGGACAGUACCACGCCGUCGAAUUGACUCGAGGCACACGUGGCUUCGGCUUCAGUAUACGCGGAGGUCGGGAAUUCCAAAAUAUGCCUUUGUUCGUAUUGCAAAUUGCCGAGAAUGGUCCCGCCGCUGUCGACAAUCGGCUCAGGGUCGGAGAUCAGAUAAUCGAGAUAAAUGCUAUAAACACGAAAAACAUGACACACACGGAGGCAAUAGAAAUAAUAAGAAACGGCGGUCCGUCGGUGAGGCUGCUCAUAAGACGAGGCUGUCAAAUGCCAACUGCGAGUAAUCUUACGAUCGACCAAAUAAGUAUACGACCGAUCGAGCCCGGAAACGUAGACGAGAAAUUGAAAAAUUCACACGGGAACUGCGCUCUCACUGAGAUUCGUAGGAAAAAACCUUUUUCCAUUCCAUUGAGCUGCUGCUGCUCUUCGAGAAAAAGACGAUAGAAUUGUGAAAAUUAAGAAAAUUAAUAAUGCAAGUAUCACGUUUUACAAUGUACAAACAGAAUCGAUUAAAUUACUGCCAGUUUACGCGUUCAUUAGACUGCCAAUUGCUUCGAAAGGUCUUCGACUAAUGUGUAAUAUAAUAUAUAAAUAUAAAUAGAUUGUAAUUACUGUAAUUAAUUAAUGGAUAUUUAGGACAAUUCUAUUUCAAUUAGAGACUCAAAGAACUUAUACCUGCAGCUUAUAACGAUUGAAAAAAGAAACGAAAAAAAAAACUCCUAACAAUUGCGCAUUAUCGACGAGGUGAUGUUUGAGGACAUGAAACGAGGAGGAGUGUUUGUGCGAGAGACAAAAUUAUAUAUGAAUGAAAGAAACGUUUUUUUCGGUUUCAACGAAACGCGGAUAUUUUGAUUUGUAAUGCUCUAAGAUGAUACUUCGGUAAACGAAUAUAUAAAUAUAUAUAUUAAUUAAUUAAUUAUAAAUACGCAAGCACAGUAUGUGUCCAUACACACCAAAGAAUUCAGUGUACUGAUCAGCAAGGUAUUCUUUCAUCUUUAAUCUUUUAUUCCUUUGUAAAUCGAGCUUAAUACUAAAUCCUGAGCGCAUUGAAUUCAUCAUUUAGCCAAAUUAUAAGUGUCCGCGUGCCGUCGCAAUAAACGACAGCCUUAAGGCUUUAUACACACUUGUGAUGGGCGGAAAAAUGGAAAAUUCUUUUUUUUAGAUACUCUCCAAGUACAAUGUCUAAGAAUAUUCUCACCAAAUUCCAUAAAGAUCGGAGCAUUGGACUCGUAGCCAUGGGCAUUUCAACCGACGGCUCGGUGCGCACGGGGUCGUCUAAUACUUGAACCUUUAACGCGAUUAUUUCAGAAUCGUCUUUUUUUUUAAAUACCUAUGCGGUGUACACGAUUACUAAAAAGCUAUCGAUCCGAUCCACACUAAAUUUGUACCACUUAUUUAUUAUAAUAAUAGCUAGGACCUGGACGAAUGAUUUCGUAUUUUGUUGGAAAAAAAAGAUUGUAGCAAAAAAACCGAAAAUUUAGCACCUCAAAAGAUGAAUUUAAAUCCAA